AUGCCGACGCCCCCGCGGCGCGCACCUGCCGCAGGACGCCCCCCGCCUGCAGAGUGCCCCGACGCGCCCCGCCCCGCCAUGGCCCGCGCCACCCUCUGCGCGGCCUCGGCCCUCUGCCUGCUCGCGGCCGCGGCCGGCAUCUCCCUCUCCGACGCCCACGCCGGCCUCAAGGUCGACGCGGACCGCGCCGGCGUCGAGAGCGAGGCCCUGCGGCAGCAGGCCGCCGCGGAGCACCUCCUGUCGCUGCGCAGCAGGGCCGAGAGGGGCCGGCAGGGGGCGGCCCGGUACCGCAUCGGCAGGGACCGCACAGGUGCCUACAUCGCACAGGACCUGGAGCGCUCCGCAACCAUGGAGAAGAAGAGCGUCCUGGCAGUCAUCUCCCACUUUGUUCCUGGCAAGGCCGGCGGGGAGGCCCGCCGCAACGCCGCCCUCCACGAGACGUUGACGGCCAUGCGCGAGUGGCCAAGGGUCGACCUGACGGUCUAUGUGCUGACCAACAAGAUCGUCGACAGCGUGAAGCACAUGGUGAAGGACCAGAUCCUCGUCUCGGAGGAGCCUGUCUGCAGCGAGACGUGGAAACACAAGUUUUGUGUGCCCUGGGAGGCCAUCCGCGUGCUCCGCAGCGCCAGCACGGGAGACAAGCCGACGACCAAGCUGGGCUACGAGCUGAUGGCGGAGCCAGUGUACGACGCAUACAUCUACACCGAGUCCGACAUCAUCAUUCCCGAGACGACGUUCCAUUUCUGGCGGUACCACGUGGACACCCUUUACAGGAGGGGGUAUCUGUUGCUCCCCAUGCGCGCAGAGGACAAGAUCCUGACAAAGGAUGUCAUCGCCGUCGACUGCUUCACCGAGGAUUGUGUGAACAAGACCGAGGUGCUCAGGGACGACGACGAGAGCGCCGUCGCGCUCUACUCGACAAGCAGGGACCGCCACUACCUUCGGCCAUUCAACCCGUACUCAGGUUGUUUCAUGAUGAGCAAUCUCCAGUUCAAGGAUUACUUGGAGAGCCCCAUGUGGGACUACCACAAGAUCUGGCAGCACAAGUACAGUCCCUGGGGGGUCCGCGAGACCGCCGCCAGCGGGCUGCUGUGGGCACCCGGCUUCGGCAAGGAAACGGGUCUGACGCAUUUGAAGAUGCGGGUCUGGCACCAGAUCCCGAUGAACGGCGUUGGCAAGGGUGACCCCAAGGCCAGGAUCGAUCCCUCUCGCUUCCACAGGGUGGACGAGUACCAUGACAAGGUAUCUGAGUGCUUGAACGGCACUCUGCAGUGCGGCCAACUCACGCCGCUCAGGCACUUGUAA